AUGAGUGUACGAGGGAAUACGAUUGUCCAACCCGUAGGAGAUCCAAGUAUUGACGGGACACGUUGGCAGACUAUUGAAGACAUUCAAUUGUGCAAGUCUUGGAGGGCUGUUAGCCAAGAUCCGGCAAAGGGUACGGAACGAAGAAAAGAUGAUCUAUGGUUAGAGGUACGCCAACACUAUGCCGAACAUUGGGAUGGAUAUGUCCGAUCAUUGCAAGCUUUUCAAGGGAGGUGGAAAACCUUGAAAGUCGAACUCUAUGCUUGGCAUUGUGCGUUAAGGCAAGCGAAACUUUGGUACAAGAGUGGUGCGAAUAUGAUUGAUGAGCUACGUCAAGCACAAGAUUUGUGGAGAGCUGCGAUGACCAAAUCGAAAGGAAAACAAAAAAAAGGUGAUUUCAUUAGUUUAGAAUGUUACGAGAUUGUUAAGGGGUUUCAACAAUUUGAAGACAUUCCAAACCAUUCCUCUUCUGCUGGAGGAACCUCCAGGGGAGGAACUGAACGGAUGCACACACAACAAUCCGCUCCUGAUUCUCAUGUCCAGUUGGACAUAGAUGCAGAUGAGGUAAACGCCGAUGCAACUCCCAAUCCUUCGGUGAGGCCUCAAGGAAAGAAGGCUGCCAAAGAAGCUCUUCGGAAAGGAAAGAAAGCAUCUAAUGAUUCCAGUCCUCUGACAGCCGCUGUGGAGACUAUAGCAACCAACCAAACAUCAAUGAUGUCUGCCAAGGAGAAACGUGAUGAGGAAUAUGCUCGACAUCUCCGUGACCAACAACAACGAGAUUAUAUACGCUUGCAAAUGGAUAUGCGAAACGAGGCAUUCAAAAUUCAAGAGAGGGAAGAGCGUAUUAUGGAGAUGGACACAAGUAAGAUGACGCCAACCAAAAGAAUUACUAGCAAAGAAAACAAAAAAAUUGCAGAGAAAGAAGCUGAAGAUGCAACCCGUGGAUCUAACAUCCCACAACCACCAUUCCCCGAUUGA